UUUGUAAUAGCUAUGUGGUUAACAAUACCUAGUUGACAUACACCAAUCUUGCUAUUCUUGUAUACAAAUUUCUCCAUAUCGACGAUACAUGAAACUUAUGUAGCGCUUGAAAGUAAAGACAACUUAUGUCAACACCACCUGUACACGCGUAUGCCUAUAUUGAAUUUAUAACGUAGUUCUCGUGCAUUGUCGCUUCCAGCUCUCAACAAAUCAACUAACUCUUAUAGAAAAACGAUCACCCAUAUAUAAUCAUUAUCUCAAAACCCGAUUUGGAAAACUAUCCGCGCGUCAUUCGUGCUCUGCGCCACCCCGCGCUUUUUUCCUUCGCGCUCCUUUACUCUACAUUAUAACUGCCGCUACUAACCACGCUGUCUGCUAACAGCACCUCUUUCCAUUCGACGUGGCCUGCGUAGUGCUUUACACAUUCAGUGCAAAAGAAACCCCUAUGUCCAUAGAUGCGAGAGUCCCAUGACGAACACAGGAUCGGGCCUUAACCACCGCAUCUAUCCACUUUAGCAGCAGAGAUCGAGCGGAGUGAAGAGACAGACUCUUCACUCUUUGUCCACCAUUAUUGCUCCGUUUGUUGGUCGCUACUUCUGCUGCUGCUUCCGCUGCGGCCCCCACCAGUACCGCCAAACGAAAGAAUCGUCGGCUAGCGGCCAAUGCCUUUCCUGUUUUGUUGAGUCCCUUGUGCCGUUAAAUUAUUUGCUGUUGCUGCUGUGGUCGUUCGGGCUCGCAGCUGCUGCUGUUGCUGUUUCUUAUGGUACGGAGAAGCGGAAUUGAGCCAUGUUGCUUGCUACCUGGUUGACUGUUGCAGUGAAGACGACGGCCCCUAUGAUAGCGCAGUGAGUAACGUGUUUGCGUGAUGGACUUAGGGCAAGUGGUGGUAUAGGUUCAAAUCCGGGCAUAGACGCACUUUGCUUUGUGCUAGAAACAGGCAGCCGUUCCGAGCGAUGCUUGCUGAUGGUGCCGGACGUAAAACUCGAAACGUGGAUCUAUAGUGAACAGCGGCGGCCGAGCGUGCCGUAAUUGCUUAGAACCCGCAAAUAGUGAUCGCCUUGAGUGUAGCUAGUUGUUGUAAAAUAAUAGCCGCCUGUCUUUUGCCGCUACCGGCGUUGUGUCGUCUUCUCUCACUCGUAUUUUUCUCGUUCCAAGUCUCAAAUCAUCUUUGUGUUUGGCUGUAUGUAUUUCAUGGGCGGCGUUUUGGUCCGAGCGAACUUUCUAUGACAGAGGGCGCCAGCAUAGCUUCUAUGCGGAGCGAAGUGUGGCGGCUGGUUUCGGAUUGGGCGAAUGUAAACAGAAAUGCUGGUUUGACUGUAGUGGCUCUGAUGGCGGUUGGGAAAGCGUCGGACUUUAUGUGCUGCUGCUGCUACUGCUGAUGGUGCUACUGCUGCUGCCACCAGCAUCAUCGUCGUCGUCGUCGUCGUCGUCGUCGCCGCCGCUGCCGCUGCUGCUGCCGCUAGGUGGAUAGAAUCGGGAGUCGAUUCGCCUGGGUGUCCACCUGAAAUGGUAGACGAGACCUCAGCAGGGCCAGCAGCGAAGUGCGAGUAAUUAUUGAGCAAAAAAUCCCCUUGAAUUUUCCUUCCUGUUGUCCAAGAUGUGGCGACGGCGGAGACGAUCGCUCUUUGACGACUAAUGUUACCAAAUAGACGAAGUGUGUCUAGUUUCCAGUCGUGGCGGAUACGACGGCAGUAGGAAUCGCAAUUUUAUUGAACGGCGGCACUCGCGUUAGUAGAGAGUGCGGUACCGUGCUACGGGUGAGCGUGUCUGUCUCACUGGUGUAAGCGUGUGAGAAUACGGAUACUGAACGAAUUCUAGCCAGAGAAAUCGAAACAGCUAAACCCAGUCUGUUCCCCUUUCUGCCGUAGGGGAUACGAUCUCAGUAACGUCGCUAGGAGCACAGGAUAACUACCCCGACGACGUCAGAAGUACUAGCUUCAUUAGUGGCACUGCCGCCACUGUUAAUAGUGCCAAAAAUAUUCGACUGAGAGAAACUCUGUCUCGUUCGUUACCUUGACGGGAUGUAUGAAACGAACGGUUAAUGCUCUCAUCUGUAUACUACACUAGCGCUGCCUGCAACAGCUAAUCCUGUCGGUCUCGUGCGUUAUUUCAUAUUUAAAAAAUCUCAACAUUACAACAGCAGCAGCAGCAGCAGCAGCGAUAGCACCUGCGAUUCUAUCAGCGGAAAACUUCAUCAACUCGGCCGACGAAGCAGUGAUGGUUAGCAGGCUGUGUUGUUUGUAUUCGAUUGAAUCACGAAUUUUAGCCCUCUGUGUUUGUGUGCGGUGAGUGUACGUAUGAGUGUGAUUUCGGUUUGAAGUAGUGGUAGUGUUGGUAACACGUUUAACAACGUCCAAAAUCGAUCCGUGUCGGUGCUAUUAUUAUUGAAGACAUAGGGCAACAACGAGCGCUAACUGGCUGGCUGACGGGACAGACAGCCAUGGCUGCACGGACGGUGAAGCGUCUUAGUGGUCGGAGGUGUGUUGUGUGAGCCGAACCUAUUCGGAUAUCGGCCAUCUCAGUAAGUACUGGGCUCGUCUCCACCAGCGGAGACGUUAGAACUUGUGCCGCUGAUAUGGGACGGCCAGAUGAGGUUGUAUGCGAUAACAGCGUCAAGUGGCGACUUUCAAGCGAUCGGUCCUUUGGGUUGCCAAAGAGCAACGGGAGCCCCAUAGUCAUAACUAGCUCCACGACGACGAGAACGCCCGUUUCUGUUCGCCUACCACUGGCGGCGAAUGACAGCCGUAAUCAAGAUGAAAGCCUGAUGAGUAUGAACUGUUUAACAGGCGCCGGCGCCAUCGGAGGCAGUGUGUGCGAUAACUUUACGCCGGACCGUUUCGUUGCCCGUCUCGCAUGGCCUGUUUACGAUAGGCCCACCGCCUCCGCACAGAGUAGGCCCUUAGGACCGGUGCGCGCCCUAGGAUCUGGCACGCACGUGAACAGGCGCCGCUGUUUGCAGCGCCUCAACCUCAGUACUAAGGCCCAUGUCAACAACAGCACAAUUGUCACGUCACCAACAACGAACCAACAGCAACACAAUGACAUCGCUCACCGUGUGGGAGGGUCAGCAACAACUAUAAUAGCUGUUUUUAAAAAGCGUUGCAGCAGUGAUCAUGACGAGUCGCGUCUUCGCCUUCGGCAGCGUCAGUUCGAAGCGAAUGAAGCCUCGUGGAGAACAGGAGGAUGGCGAGAAUUGCAACAAGCAGGCCAAGAAGGACACAAGGACAAGGAUGUCGAGGAAUUUCAGGAAGAGAAAAUAGAAAAGGUACAGUUACAGCAGCCCCUUCAAACGUAUUUUGACCAACUAACCGCAGAAGAAAAGCGGGUUGAGCUCCUGUCACGGCUUAGGGCAGGCACCACGCUGGCUGACGAAGUUGGCCAACAGAAGAGCCCUGACGAGGUAUCUGGUCUCCGUAGUGAUCUUAGAUGCGGCAGCCUGCGACCGGACUCGGCAGCAAUUACUGCAGGUGCUCGCCGAAAUGACAGCAGCUGUUCACCAAACGAAAACAUUGACCCGACUGGGUCAACUUGGAAGAAAAUAGAUGGUACUCGGAGGGAGGCUGCUGUUAAUGCUGGCCACCAAAUUAUCGGCAGAGGUCCCAAUUGCCAGUUGUCGCCAUCGCUGCAAUUCACCAUGUCGAGAAAGAGGAGUUGGCGAUUACCCAGCCUUCUGCUGCUGCCCCUGCUAGUCAUGCUAUCGACGUAUGACCUGCCAGGGGCGGAAGGCGCCCCUAAGAAGCAUAGUCACGAGAAGAUCAAAUACAUCUCGUUCACAGAUCCGACAACCGAGCGAUUUAUCCACCAGACGAUGUAUGAUCACACGGGCAAUAUCUACGUCGGCGCGGUCAACAAGAUCUACCAACUAGACGAGAACCUAGAACUGCAAAGUGUGGCGCAAAUGGGCCCACAGGGCGACGAUCCGUGGUGCCCCGUCACGAGACAGUGUCCGACCAUUCAAAAAAAACCGCUCGACUACUACAACAAGGUGCUCGUAAUCGACUAUGUGAACUCGCGGCUGAUUUCAUGCGGUUCUCUAUUUCAGGGCGUCUGCUCUGUUCAUCGUCUGGACAAUGUGGCCGAUUUUCGCUCUCCGGCCCACGAGUCCGUCGUGGCCAACAACGCGACCGCGUCGACUGUCGGUUUUAUCGGAAAAGGUCCCAACAACCAGCGGGUUUUGUAUGUCGGUGUUUCAUACACGAAUAAUGGCCCUUAUCGGUCCGAUGUGCCGGCUGUCUCUAGCCGAAGCCUGGACCUUAACAACAACACGUUCAAUAUCGCCGUUACCGGAGUAUCGACCGGGACGCGCGUAAGCGUCAAUUCGUUGGCGCGCGAAUUCUUCCCCAUUCACUAUGUGUUCGGAUUCACGUCGAAAGAUUUUUCGUACUUGCUUACGGUUCAGAAGAAGGAAACGGAUCGGCCUUAUCCUUACAUCUCGAAGCUGGUGCGCGUUUGUCAACGCGACGUGCAUUAUUACUCCUACACGGAGGUGGCGCUUGUCUGUCGCACACCAGAGGGCACGGACUACAAUCUGGCUCAGGCUGCCUACGUAGGUAAACCGGGCUCAGAGCUGGCCGUGAGCCUCGGCAUCAGCGCUCAGGACGACGUGCUGUUCGUGGUCUUCGCCAAAUCGGCCGAUGAAAGCGAUGACUCCCACAACAAGCCGACCCGCAAGAGCGCUCUGUGCGUGUAUGCCCUAAGCGCCGUGCACCGAAAAUUCACACAGAACAUCCACCACUGCUUCAAUGGCCAUGGACAACGAGGACUCGAUUUCAUCAACCCAUCGCAGCCUUGUCAACUAACGCAAGUGCAAAUUAACGACGACUUCUGCGGGAUGGAGGUAAACACACCACUGGAUGGAGCAAUGGCCAUCGAAGCUUCGCCCGUCCUCACCUAUCCAUCAACGCUGCUAUCUGCUGUGAGCGCUGUCUCGACUCACGACUAUACCGUCACUUUCCUUGGAACGUCAGACGGCCACCUGAAAAAGGCGGUCGUAGAGUCUGUGACAGCUGCGUUCGAGUACGCCGAUAUCCCACUGGACGUAGGCAAAGCAGUACAACCUGACAUGCUUUUCGACAGAGACCACAAAUUUGUCUAUGUAAUGACCGAAAAAAAGAUCACCAAAGUGAAUGUACAGGAGUGUUCUCAAUAUAAGACCUGCGUGGAUUGUCUGGGCGCCCAGGACCCGUACUGUGGAUGGUGUAGCUUAGAGAACAAAUGCAGUCAGCGUUCAGAUUGUGCGCAGGCCGCCCAAGAUCCUCUCUACUGGCUGAAUUACAAGAGCGGCAAAUGUACCACGAUCACACAGGUGCACCCCCCAAAAAUUCAGCGAACAACAGCUCGUAUCCUCUCGCUAACUAUCGGCAAUCUGCCGAAUCUUGAAGGAAACUUCUACUGCGCUUUUACCACAUUUGGAAAGACGCUUGAGACGAACGCCACGAAAACAGCCAAUGGAGUCCAGUGCGCGACGCCGCAUACUGACUCGCUACCGGCGAUCGCCCCGGGCGAACAUCACUUUACUGCCAAACUGUCCGUAAGAAUGCGCAACAAUCCGGACUUCGUCGCUACCAACUUCACGUUCUACGACUGUAGCACCUAUUCAUCCUGUACGGAGUGCGUCUCAAGUCCGUUCCCAUGCGACUGGUGCGAGGGUGGCCAUCGUUGUACCCACGAUACCGGCGAGAAUUGCCGAAACGACGUAUUGGUCACGGGCGUUGCUAGUGUGGGAUCUUCAAUCCGAUCUGGACCCGGGUUUUGUCCCCGAAUCAACGCCACUAACAAGGGACCGGAGCAACUGGUACCAAUGGGCAUCAACAAGCGAAUCCAGGUUCGAGUCGAUAACAUUUUACCGUUUAUUGCACAGACAAAAUUCGUCUGCCAGUUCAAUAUCGAGGGCCGUGUAAAGCAGGUAAACGCGCAGAUGCUUGGUGACACGAUUUACUGCGAUCAGAUGCAGUUCAACUACGCCACGACGGCACCGAAUAUCACCACUGCAUUCGCCGUUAUUUGGGAUGGUUCGAAACCGCUUGAUAACCCAGACAACAUCCACGUGCUGGUUUACCGCUGUUCGUCGAUGAGCGACAACUGCGGGAUGUGCCUCGAACUGGACGAUAAAUACGGCUGCGGAUGGUGCCAAGAAUCCAACUCAUGUGAGGUACAGGAACAAUGUCAUAAGCACACCGUCAAGUGGCUGGAACGAACACAAACCUGCCCUGACCCGCAGAUCACCAAGGUGACGCCAAGCAGUGGCCCGUUUGAUGGUGGAACCAAUAUUACCAUUGACGGAUACAACCUCGGUCGGGUCUUCUCUGACGUGGAUAAUGGUAUCUAUGUGGAUCUUGGGGAGCGUGAGAAAAUCAAUUGUAAACCGCAUCCGAAUCAAUACGUGAAAACGACCCGAAUCGUCUGCGAGCUGGGAGCGCCGACCAUCAACAAGACGUCUCCUGGUACUGCCAUCAGUGGUCAUGUCGUUGUCAAAGUGCUCGGGGACUACAUUGCACGAUCAGUUAGCACGUAUUCGUUUGUGAACCCUCGUAUCACUUCGAUCAAUCCGUCAAAGGGCCCCAUGAGUGGGGGAACAAAACUGCGCAUCUGGGGCCUGCAUAUGGACGCCGGCAGUAGGGCCGAAGCUUUUGUGGGUGCGAUGCCCUGCGAAAUCAUCUCGCGCAAACCUAAUGUCGUAGAGUGUAUAACAUCAUCAUCUCUGAAACAGGAAGAGGGCAAAGUUCGCCUUAAACUCGACCGUGGUCUCAAAAACUUCGAAGAUUAUGGCUUCCUGUACGUUGCUGAUCCCGACGUGCACCAGGUCGAGAGCGGGGGCGCUUCGGUUGCCGGUCACAUUAAAGGAGCUGCACCCCGUGGCAUACCAAGUGGCGGCAUUUCCGUCAUCGUCAAAGGUACUCAACUAAAUUCGGUUCAGGAACCAAUGAUGUACGUCGCCUUGGACGGUGUCGAGUAUUAUUCUAAGUGUGGACCCGAAAGCAGUACCGAAAUGAAGUGCCGCACACCAACGGUGCCCCCGGAACAGCUCAACUUCUCCGAAGACGAAGAGUACAUUGAGCUGGAAUACGGCUUCAAGAUGGAUAAUGUCAAGGGAGUAAGACACCUGUCAUCCACCAAAGGCUUUCCAAAGUUCCAGAUGUUCCCCGACCCAUCCUACUAUCCGUUCGCCGAGGAGGGCGGCAUCAAAUAUUACAAAUCCGACUAUCUCACCAUCAACGGCGCGAAUCUGGAUCGCGCGUCGCAGGAGAGUGACGUCGUGGUUCGAAUUGGUGCUGGUUAUUGCAACGUCACCUCGCUAAGCCGAACCCAAUUGACUUGCCGACCCCCAACUGAACAGCCGGCCGCACUCGAUGAAUCUGGCCAGAUUGACCGUAACCGAAUACCCCAGGUAAUCGUCGAAGUGGGCGAUACACUGAAGUACUCCAUAGGAAUGCUAAGCUAUGACGCGGCGCACGGACAUGACACUCAACUCUCACGUCCCAUUGUCAUCGGUGUCAUAUGCGGAGGUGUGGUGCUCAUAAUUAUCGUAAUUGGUAUUCUAAUUGCUUAUCGCCGAAAGAGCACAGAGUCGUCCCGUGUGCUUAAGACCAUGCAGGAGCAAAUGGACGUGCUUGAGCUCCGUGUUGCUUCCGAAUGCAAAGAGGCCUUCGCUGAACUACAGACCGAGAUGACCGACCUCACAUCGGAGAUCACAGCCGGAGGGAUACCGUUUCUCGACUAUCGUACCUACACAAUGAAGGUCCUCUUCCCCAGCAUCGAGGACCACCCAGUGCUUAAGGAGAUGCAGGUCGAUCCAGUAAAGAAGCAGUACAUGGAAAAAGGACUAAGGAUGUUUGGACAGCUAAUCAUGAACAAGACGUUUCUGCUGCUUUUCAUCCGAACCCUCGAGUCUAACCGGUACUUUUCAAUGCGCGAUCGCGUGCAAGUGGCAUCUCUGAUCAUGGUCACACUGCAAGGCAAAAUGGAGUACUGCACCGAUAUUCUGAAAACACUACUCGCUGACCUAAUCGAGAAGUGCAUCGACGGCAAAUCGCACCCGAAACUACUGCUUCGCAGGACGGAGUCAGUGGCCGAGAAGAUGCUUUCGGCCUGGUUCACCUUUCUCCUGUAUAAAUUUUUGCGCGAGUGCGCUGGCGAGCCGUUGUUUGUACUGUUCCGAGCCAUCAAGCAGCAGGUGGACAAAGGCCCGGUCGAUGCAGUUACUAGCGAGGCUCGUUACUCACUCAGUGAGGAGAAACUCAUUCGCCAGUCCGUUGAUUACAAAUCAAUCACUGCUUACUUCUCUAUCGCACCACAGUCUUAUUAUAUGUCGGUCGGGAUGAUCGACUCGGCCGUCGCCGAGGGCCAGGACAUACCCGUUAGGGUAUUGGACUGCGACACAAUCUCGCAGGUGAAAGAAAAAGGUCUUGAUGCGAUUUACAAGAAUACCCCGGCCUCGCAACGGCCGUGCAAGGAUGACCUCGACUUGGAGUGGCGGACAGGCACCUCCGGGCGGCUAAUUCUCUCAGAUGAAGACGCGACCACAAAGUCAGAGGGCGAAUGGCGCCGCCUUAACACGCUUUCGCACUACAAAGUGCAGGAUGGGGCCAGCUUAGUACUUGUGCCCAAGCAGUCGUCUACCUACAACCUGAGUAUCACUUCUGAGAAGAUGACUCCGGCCGAAAAGACGCUGUACCACAAAUAUGAAACACUAAAUUUUACGGCUGGGUUCCAGCGGUCGCCUCCGAUGUCUCGUGCUACCUCACCGCCCCCGCACGGUCUCUCCGGUCUCGGAGACCUCGAGAGCGGUUUCAAGUACUGGCAUCUCGUGCGGCACGCCGAUGCUGAUAAAGAUGAACGAGGUAACAAGAUGGUAUCUGAGAUCUAUCUAACUCGCCUGUUGGCGACCAAAGGAACCCUGCAGAAGUUCGUCGACGAUUUGUUCGAGACGAUCUUCUCGACGGCCCACCGAGGAAGUGCCCUUCCGCUGGCGAUCAAGUAUAUGUUUGACUUUUUGGAUGACCAAGCGAUCCAGCAUGGCAUCCAGGAUCCCGAGGUUGUCCACACCUGGAAAUCGAACUCGCUACCGUUGCGGUUCUGGGUCAACCUGAUCAAGAAUCCUAACUUUGUGUUCGACACGAACAAAUCCAACAUCGUUGACUCGUGCCUAAGCGUCGUCGCACAGACGUUCAUGGACGCCUGCUCCACAUCGGACCACCGACUUGGCAAGGACUCACCGUCCAGCAAGCUGCUAUACGCCAAGGACAUUCCUGCGUACAAGGAUUUGGUCGAACAAUAUUACGCCAAUAUCCGGGCGAUGCCGCAGAUCUCAGACGAGCAUAUGAAUGCGAUGCUCGGUGAGGAGUCCCGCUUACACGCACAUGAGUUCAAUACAAAUGUCGCACUUAAUGAACUCUACAAAUAUGCUGCUAAAUACACCGAGCAACUGCUGUUAACGCUGACGGAAGAUGAAUUCGCCGAGAAGAAUCGGCUAGCAUGGCGGCUAGCACAAGUCAACAAAAUUAUGCACGGAGACACUGAGGCAUGACGAUCCCAUUGGCAGUCCGCUGACGUGUAACGACGAUCUCAUCCAGUUCACGUCAUCAAUAUCGUUCUACGAUGACAAACGUUAUGAUGAUGUGAAGGUUCAUAUGUGACGAAAUGACAAUAAUACCAAUUUAUCAACCCCCGACAAUAUCCCUUUCCCCCAGACAAUAUUCUCUCACACAAGAAGACGACGACACACAUAACGACAACUCGUACGCACUCUACGACCACAAGUCAGUACAGCCAUCUCUACUUUUUUUUCUUCCCUACCUCAAUUGCAACAGCUACAAAUCAAUCAUACUUCAGCACUGUAUUCAACGCAAGCCAUGUCAAUCAUCGUAUGUGUAUAUCAGCGUAAUGAUAAUAUCAGCAAGCGACCCUUUAUUGAAAACUGGAAAGCUUCAGGCGAAGGUAUGGGUAGACGCUUUGCCUUUGAAGAAUCGGUAGCAACCGUCGUGAAAUAAGCGCCAGCAGCCGCAAUAACUCAUGGUAAAAAGAGAAGAAGACAGUCGACAGCGUCGUAGCCACAGUCACGAGCUGAGAAUUGAGGCGGGCGUAUGAACUGGAACCUCUCCAAUAGUUCGAAAUAGAGUAACGAUAACAAUAUUAUAAAGUACAGAAACCCUAAAAGAGAAAAGACGCAACGAUUUAAUCCGACAUUAAAUAAAAAUUAGUACCGCAACGGAUUUUCACUCAACUCGGUAUCGAGCAUGACUGGAAGAGACGAAAUUCGACCAAGCUAAGAUCAGCUAGGAAACCACAAACACAUCUCUUUUGUCACACGGAUUAUAAAACAUCCUUAUCGUGGAAUCGAACCGGAUACCUGCUGAAUAUGCAGCAGCAAACAGCAAACCUUCAUACUACGGCAAAGUGGGCAGGCAUGGCAAAGUAGGCAGGUAUUGGAGGAAACAGAAAUAGAAGGGAACUGUACACUAUCACAGCAUCAUACCCCAUAUUCCCAUUGUAAAUAUAUAUACAGUUAUACGACGUUCAGUGUGUGAAUGUUUCGGUUAUAAAUUAUUUCGAUUCAGUUAUUUAUGGGAUACAUUCUUUUUUGGUGGUAGAGUUGUGUUGUUUGCUGUUGAGCUCGGCUGUACAACACCGAACGUGGCAUGCUGAAUCUUCAGGCGGCGACAUGUGCCUAUAUCCUAGACCCAGCUAGCAAUCGUUUAGGUAUUUCAGUCAACGGUGAGGCAGGUUGUGCUGACCUAUAAACUACCAGCCAAUGACACUAAAAUUUCUUGAGGUGAUUCUUUCGUUCGGUCGCGGCGGUGACUGUCCAUUGAACUCAGAGAAUGGACAGUAAACCAACGAUCUAUUUGGCUCUUCUAAACCUGCUGUGGGCAAGAAACCAUGCAACGAUCAGAAUCCUAGCAACGCGAAAAGUCCAUUGUUUUUGACUUAUUACGAAUAUACGCUUGCGUCAAUUGAACGGCACAGUAUUUCUAGCUGCAACAGCCGGAGAUAAUUAUUCAAUGGUGAGGUAGUUUAGAAUGUGGUUAGCUAAGUGAGCGAAGAAGAAGAGUUCUUAUUAGCUCGUAGAGUUUUAUUUGCAUUCUAUAUAGAAACACACAGAUAACAAGAAUCUACACAUACAAUUUUCUUUCUUUCUUUCUUUCUUUCUUUUUUUCUCUCUCAGAGAGAAAAAGACUUUUAUUUUCAAUUUGGGUUGAGUCGUCACACUUUGGUUGACUGCCACGUGUUCAGUUAAUAAUAAUAAUAAUGUUUACAUUUCGAAAGCGUUAACCUUUAUCGCUUUGUUCCUAAUAGUGCGCUGAGAUAAACGGCGAAAGUUGCCGCCUGGACUUACAAAGCUACACAACAAUACAAAGUACGCCACAGUAACUUUUUGUAACUGCAUUACCAGCAAUUGCUCACUUUUUGGCCCUGAAAAGAAGCGUACGCUUGGCCAACGUACAAUUAGCGUUGAGUUCGACAAUCGUCAAUUACAAAGUACAUCUAGUACCACCAUAUAGUAAUAGCACUGAUGAGUUGCUUGUUAUGGAAAACACAUAUUGAACAAUAAAAACGUAUAUAGUAUUUACUUCUGUAAAUGUAAAUUUUCCACGUGAGUAGAUGUUUACUACUCUUUGAUCAAACAGCAGCUGGUUAAUGUUUUGUUGCACUAUAUAUAUAUAUAAUCGCAUUAAUACACAGACACCCACAUAUCUCGAAGUCCCGCGGCUUCUUCAGGCGUCCCGGCGCAAUCGUUGUUACUGCCGCCAUAUUUUGUUGUGCUGCAUAUUCGUUCGAAUCGGUAUUUUUGACGUAGUUUCUUUUUCCUAUAUAGUAUACCUAUGACGUUCCUCUACUCUCCCAUGCCAAACCCCGUUUCCUCGCGCCCGCGUUUCCAUACAUCUCAAGCUCUAGCUCUUGAUCGCUUUACUCUUUCUGCUAAAGACCGUUCUUUAAAAGCGUUCCUAUUUCGUGACACGAAGAGCGAUUUCACGACUACGGCGGAGGAUCCCGUGCGAAAUUCAUAUUCAUUCCCGAAAAAUCGAUAAUACAUAUACAUUAAUGUACUCGUUGCUACGCUCUUCCCAUUACGAUAUAAAGGAUCUUGGACGGCUAUGUUUUUAUGGGGAGAGGCUUCUACGGUAGAAUGAAGAGAAACCCAGUUGGCGGUCAAAAACAGCGAGUGUUGUGUGAAACUACCUGUACAGUUUUAGCGAUUAAGAAAGAGAUGAACUCUGAGAAGGGGACAAAUAAACUGGAUAACUGAGUAACAAGGCCGAUAUCGAUAAUGACGAAGCUGAUUUGAACGAGUAACGAAAAUAAUAAAUUAUUAUUUUCGUUACUCGUGGGAGAUCUUAAUGGUGAUUAUGAUGAUGAUAACUAAAAACAGCUGACAAGCGGGAGUAACGCAUCAUAUAAAGUUAUAUAUAUAUAUGUGUGUGUGUGUGUGUGUGUGUGUGUGUGUGUGUGUAAUGAUACGGUGAACAUGUAGAAGAUCAUAAUGAUGGUGACUGUCUAUUGCUAUUACUAAUCACCCGACACAAAUAGGCCAAACGAAGUAUUUGGGACGCCUAGAUACAUGCAAAUAUAUGUUAAUCUAAGAUUGCGGUAGAAACCAUAUCCUAUUGGCAGUCCCUAAUAGUUAUUAUUACAUUGACGACAAUAAUAUACAAAAGUGAAGAUGAUUUAAUAAAAAUGAACGCGUUGACGAACUGAUUGAGAUGGACAAUAUUGAUAAUCCCGGUGCAUUACCUGACGAUUAUGAAGACCAUAAGCGUUAAACUAUUAGGUUUCUUUCCACGUCCAUUUGGACUCUGAUGAGGCCGAAAUCCGCGUCAGAUAGAUAAAAUAGCAAAAAAAAAGGCAGAGGCACACACUUCUAAAUAUGAACCGAAAAUGUGCUUAAAGUAAUGAUAUCAAGAGCUGAAGAACAAUACCGAACGAGUGACACUGCGAUAUGAAAUAGAUAAUCGAACGGAAUGAGCAAACAAAUAUUAUACAAAAAAAAAUGGUCUAUGAAAACAUACAGUGCACUCACGAAGAAACUGCUUGCCUAUGGGUAUUAUAAUCAUAUUCACACGCAAUUUCAGUGGCAUGGGGCUAUAGCCUGGUGCUCGGCAUCAUCUGACCCUACGACUUCGUGAAUAUAGGCGUGUGUUAAAGGACCCGUAUCAUCUCGGGUGGCACACAGUGGGCCUUGCGGCGCUCUUAAUGGUGUGCAGCACAUGGUAGAUGGUAACAUGACGCUACAGGAAGGCAGUGGAUAUACGGUUACAAAUGGUGAUGACAAAAACGACGGUAUUACGAUUAUAAUUAUUAUUCGCGAAAAGGAUAGUUAUGAUGGGCAACUUAAACAGAUGAAACAAUACACCAUAAUUAUUGAUACUAUUUGUACAGACCACCGGCCUAUCUCUGUCCGGUUGAUAUCUCCCCUCGACCCAUUGCUUCUGCUUCUCCAGACAAACAACCCAAGCAAACAGGCCAAUAAUUUGUAAACAUAUUAAAGCCAUAUGUGAAUAUUAUGCAACAGCUAAAGGCUUCAUGGGACAGCACACACGCGCAGGUGUGGCAGGUAAAGGCUUGUGUAAAAGCGUAUUGUCACCUUACGAUAGGACACCGAUGUAGCGUGAUGAGACGAAAUAUCAUGAAAACGGUGUAACUGUCUACUUUCCAUUACUAAAUCGUCAAUAGUUGUAUCAACAUGCGUGACGGGUGACGUUUAAAAUGAGGGAGGGAGAAAGCUUUUGUGGGAAAGACGGUGAGGUUGACACUGGUUACGUUUUCUAGCCAAACCGAAUUACCACAGAUAGCAACACGCCCUACUACUAUUGCUACGAUAAGUAUUACUGCUAUAACCUACUGAACUAGUAUAACUAAACUUUAUAUAUAUAUAUACUCUAUAACAUCAAAUCAGAAAUAGCAACAUUAUAUAUAAACAUAAAUUUGAUAAUUAUCAUGUAUUACGAACUCCUUUCAGCCCCCGAUAAGCCUUUGAAAAAAUAUGAGGUCCCAGGGCUCCCGCUUCCCAAUCUCUUUGCUAUAGGCACUUUAACGAAUAUAUAUCCCUAUAAUAUGAAUAAUAUAUAAUUAUAUUUGCCCAGUCAUGCUAUUUUGACCGAUCGCAGCGAGAUCGGAUCAUAUAAUUCCCUAACGAUAAGAAAUGAAGGAUAUCACCAAACAAAACAAGCUGCUACAUAUAGCGGCGCCGUUUGCCAAUUGUCACAACCACACACAUUCAGACUAUAGAGAUAUGCAGUAGUAUAUGUAAGUAUAUUUUGUCUGUCCGAUAUGGAUGAAAAUGGCGGAAUUACAAAUGAAGGUUGAUUUAACAACUAGCGAAGAAAGGUUUUUCAGCUUUACUCAUAUAAUAUUGCAGAGACAAAAAUGUCGGAGGUUUUUUCGGGCAACACGAAGUGAUAAAGGGGCACAAAAAACGUUAUCAUCGGGAUAAGACGAAAGAUCUACGUAAAAAAUGAAAACUCUUUCCCUUACUCUUUAGUUGUUUAGUCAUAAAACAAACUUUUUUUAGUCAUAAAAUUAAAUGUAUGCUAGUAGAACGGUUUACCAAAUUGGCCUGUCAGAUGAUGGACGUCCGGGUGCCGAGCAGGUCUCAGCAUUUUCUUUGUAAAAAAUGGACACACAAUAAAUAAUUGACACCAAUCGACACAAGCAAACCCCUAACACAUCUACUAAAAAGCGCUCCCACGCAAACACAGAGACUCUAUUUGGAGUCAGCGUGUUGUAAAUAACCACGCCGACUGCUAACAAAAUGCCGACAAAGAUAUCAAUAGACGAUGAUGGUGAUUAUCGUCAUUACAAUGACGAUUGAUUAUGAGAUUGAUUAUUAUAUACUAUGUCCAAUAUAUGAGAUGUGAAAAAAACUAACGAUGAAAAACAAAUGAUGGCGACGAUAUAUACAUAUGUAUGGACGACACUGUGGACGCACUAAGGGUGUGUGUGCUAGGCUUGUCCGUGGUUCCGAUAAGCUCCCAUGACCUCCACUCUGAGAGCAACACUUAUAUAUAUAUAUAUAAAUAAUAAAUGAUACAGAAGAAAUGAAUACGAUACGAAUUAUCAGCAGUGGCUGACUACUGGACAACAGCCGUCUUGUUUAACUGAACUUCUCACCAAAAACGCAUAAGAUAUAUUAACAAUAUCGCGACAUUGAUGGAUAAUGAUGCUAAACUAUAUACCGACAACAACUUUUGUACCAUAGUAUUUUUUAAUUUUAAAUAAUUCCCUUCCCUUUUUCGUAUAUAUAUAUAUAUAUAUAUAUAUAUAUAUAUAUA